AAAAAAAGUUUGACGGGUAUUAGUGGGAUCUACCGUGUUUUUCGACCAAGUUUCUGCGGUUCAGCAUCUUCUACAAAGGAGCCAAAAGUUUGCCAUUGGUCGGAAGCAGCUAAUAGUAUACGGCUACUGCUGAGUACCGUACAAACAUCACCAGUCGAAUCUAUCCCCAGGUACAAACCGCGCCAAUGUCAAGCUCGGACAUAACCCCCAGAUCCCUAUCUACAACCACCCCUAUACUUCCCACUGCAAUGAGGCCAAUUUCCGAUAGUAGAGAUUCACCAGCUGUUCGAGAUACAGCAAAACCGUCCGUAUUAGUGCACUUCGCUGCGGGAGGCAUUGGUGGAACUGUGGGAGCAGCGAUAACAUGUCCUCUUGAAGUCGUCAAAACCCGGUUGCAAUCCUCCCUCUACCGCUCGACUGAACCUACCGUUAGUUUGCGUAAUCCUCUAAGAGCGAUCUGGGUGCAUACGAAGGGUGUGGUGACGCUACUAGGCAUGAUUCGACGACAGGAGGGUAUUCGUGCACUAUGGAAAGGGCUCGGGCCGAAUUUGAUUGGUGUUGUACCAGCCAGAGCUAUCUACUUUGCUGUAUAUAGUCAAGGCAAGCAUGCGUUCACAACCAUGAACCACGGGAAAGAGACGCCAAUUGUGCACAUGCUUUCCGCCGCAAGUGCCGGUAUUGCUACCGCUACGUGUACCAAUCCAAUAUGGCUGAUCAAAACGCGGAUGCAACUGCAAUCUGAGAACCCUCAAUUGAAGGCCGCGGCAAAGUACAGAAAUAGCUUCCAUUGCCUAUAUCUAGUUCUUCGAGAAGAGGGUAUCCGAGGGCUCUACAAAGGCCUCUCGGCAAGUUUCCUUGGAUUGACGGAAUCGACUUUGCAAUUUGUUACAUAUGAGUACCUUAAAAAGCAUUGGGUGGAGAAGCGUAGACUGGAAAGAUUACAGGCGAUGCCAGCAUCUGAGCGACAGACGACCUUCCUGGCGAAAACACCAUCAGAUUGGUUCGACACCUUUGCUGCAGCCGCAAUUGCCAAACUUGGAGCCGCUAUCAUCACUUAUCCACAUGAGGUCCUGCGAACACGGCUACGGCAGACGCCAGAAAACGGAAUCGUCAAGUACAAGGGGCUCGUGCAAAGCGCGAAACUGAUUUAUAUGGAAGAGGGAUUAGGUGCACUAUAUGGGGGGAUGGCUGCACACUUGAUGCGAGUUGUGCCAAAUGCUGCGAUACUAUUUUUCUGCUACGAACUAGUGGUGUCUAUAUUUACCAACCCAACUUAUUCAUGAGACUAAGGGAUGGCUGGCCGUAUUGUUAUUUUACAUCAAUUUAAAUAGAAUUCUUUGCACUCGACUAUAUAUUGGAGUGUAUCCUUCCC